AUGCCGAGCCUACUGGCAGAAACCCAAUCCUCAGUCGCGCAGCGUUUUGCCAGCCUUGAAGCAGAACUGCAGACUGCCUUCGGGGACAUCCGGAAGCAGGUGGGUCUGGCGCACAAAGCCAUCGAGUCCGACCUGGUUCGAAAUCUCGAGCGAAGCCAUGGGAGCGUGGAGGUCCCAUCAGCAAGUCCUUUGCUGGCAGCGGAAGUAUCUCCUCUGGACUCCUGGAUAUUGAAGGACGCAGGAAUUACGAUGACAAUGACCGUGUCCGAUGCUCCCGGGCCAAAAGACAGCACCAUGUCGGUUGGAGCUCUGGUGCUCCAGCAAACAGCAGCAGCCUUGCAAGAAGGAGCAUCCUCACAACCGCAUUUUCGGCUGAAUAGCCAUCUGAUGGAGAUAUCUCAGAAGGCUGGCGAGGCAGUUGAGACGGUCAGCCGCAGAACAAAGCACAAGUUUGGAAGCAGCUCGGCAACGCAGAUGGGAUCUCUUGGGUCGCAUAGGCAAAAGUCACCUACAAAAAGCUUGCACAGCGAGUUUGACAAAUGUGACUCAAUCGUGGUAUCGCCCAACUCCAAAUUUCGCGUCGGCUGGGAUUUUGCGAGCGUGACCCUCAUCAUCUUGGACGCUUUCCUCCUCCCCCUCACAAUGGCCUUCGAUCUGGAUGUUUCGCCAUUCACGGCUGGAGCAAAAGGUGGUGAGGUGCUUUUACAAGUCUUGGCAAUGACAUCCUUGAUCUUUUGGCCACUUGACAUGGUCAUGUCGUUCAACACAGGCUUCUACAGGAAGGGCGCCUUGCAACUGAAGCGAAAGGACAUCUGUCUUCAUUACUUGAAGACUUGGUUCGCCUUCGAUGUUUGCGUCCUUGCUGUAGACUACACUGCCGGAUUUGUGGGCAAUGUCUCCAAGGAGCAGGGCGAUCUCUUGCGCCCACUUCGGUCUGCACGUUACCUCCGCUUGUUGCGAACUCUCCGAAUUCUUCGAAUCUUCAAAGCCGGUAAGGUCAAUGUCAUAAUCGAAAACCUUGUGAUUUCGAUGGGAAGGCAAUGGCUGAUACUGCUCUUCACAAUUGGCCGAAUGCUGAUGGUGAUUGGAGGGGUGACGCAUGUUCUGGCCUGCGUCUUCUUCGUCGUGGGGAAGGCAGUGUCAGAAGCACGAGGCCUCCAGGCCGUUCCUGAAGCACAAGAUCUCAAGAUGGGUAGUUGGAUCGACAUAGCGCAGAUUGCACUCUCCGACCCAAGCAUCCAGUAUGUGCAUGCCAUCGGAUGGAUCCUCCUACCACCAGCACCACCGCAACUGGACCCAGAAAGUGGAUUGGAGCACGUCGUUGCAGUGUUGGUUUUUGUGCUCACCGUGCUGGUCAUCGGAUCUGCGCUGUCCAUCUUGACCGGUACGCUUCACGAGAUUCGCCAAGUGAAUAACGAGCGCAGCCGUAAAAGACGCGAGCUCCGAAUCUUCCUCCAGACCAAGGCAGUCUCGACAGAGCUGAUGAUGCGAAUCAUGAGCUAUGCCGACUACAAAAUGACUCGUCACUCCCCGAUUGGAUAUGAUACCUCCUUAAUAUCACCUGUCCUUCAUGCGGAAUUGGCCACGUUCCAGCUGGGAGAUCACCUUCGCGGACAUCCCUUGUACCUCUUGACCUCGAAGAUCUUUCCGCAGGUUUUCGCAGAGUUCUGCAGAUCUCUGGACAAGACGUACUUCAGUGAGGCGGAAUCAGUGUUCAUCGAGGCCUCUCUCGCCGAGAGCAUGUACAUCACCAGCCACGGGGCCUUCUCGGUAGGCACGGAGCUGGACAUGGCAAACAAUGUUUGCAACUUUGUCAAUGAACACCGAUACUUUGCGGAGGUGUCAAUGUACGUGGAAGCCGUCAUGCACGAUUGCACGCUGGUCGCCGAGUCCUUCGCUGAGGUCUUCAAAUUGUCAGGCCACAAGCUUGCCGACAUCCUGUCGCAUUCCCCCCCUUGCGCCACUAUGUUUGUGGAGUAUGCGACAGAGUUCGUCGGUCGCUAUUCCUCACCCGACGUGGAUGCAUCUGCCCACGAGAUUCUGCAAGCAUCCGAAGACUGUGCAAAAAAUGCCAGUGAAUGCAAUUCCUUUUAUUUGGACCUCUACAUGGAUGACAGGAAAGCCAUCCGCUACCUGAGCCUGCAGUCGUUGACCAGCAAGCCGGGACGCACUGCCAGCCCAGCCGCCUUUACUGCGAAGGUAUUGAACUCUUCGAUCGUGCCAUCGUUAGAGGAGCUCCGGGAUGCUUUUGUAGAGCUGGACGUGGAGAGUGGCCUUCAUGCGAGGUUCUCUGAGCCAAAGGAGCAAGAGCGUGCUGAAUCUGCGAUCCUAUCUUUGGUCUCCUUGGUGCGGGAUGACUACACAGCCUACAUCCUGCCCCAACGGGAGAACGGUCGCCUGACCCGAGCACAGUGGCAGCAGCUGCGGAGCAUUCUGGAAUGGGCAGGUCCGACCCAGGAGAAAUUGCAGGCUGCGAUUCUUCUUCUAGCUAUUCGUGGAAUUGGCAAAUUUAGGUCAUUGACGCGCCAGUUGCCACCAAUUCGACGCAGGCCGGAGGCAGCUGUUCGAUACAUCCUAGAACAAUAUUCCGAUGCCAUGCCGUCAUCGAAAAGUAUGGAUAAGAACAUGUCGACGUUGGUGAUGGAUGCCUUGGAGUUGCAGCAGGAAUUCAACUUUGCCCAGAUGUUGCAAGGCGAAAAUGUCGCAGGCAACCUGUGCCAGUUGAAAGACUUCAUGCGCACUAAGGGAGGAGAGGACACGUUGAAAUUCUUCGUCCUCAUCUUGCUUGGCUUCAUGUCAGGUCUGGCCGGCGGCACAGGUUCUCGUUUCAUGACCUGUCGCAACGCCGAAACCACGAUCAUGGGCUUGAACGCCAUGAAGCACGUCUUGAAUGAGGACCCUGCACGGCUGUAUUGGACCUACAUCUACCAUCGAGGAUUGGGUUUGUCGCGGGCUCCGCAGCAUUCCACCGAUCUUGCAGUCAUUCGCCUGGCCUGCCUAUGCCGGAUCCAGACGCAGAAGGAUUUCCUUGGCCUGCAGAGAUCCUGGGAUGCCCUUGGCACACCUGAGCAGCAAGAGCUUUGCAAGCAUCUUCUUGCAGAUGGAAUCACGAAUCCGGCGGUCAUUUUUGAGUUCCUGCCCCUGUGCUUGGAGCGUGCCAACACGAACCCCUUUGUCACCGUGCCCUGCUUCUUGGAGGUUUUGGUGGAGUUGAUCCAAGCGGUACGAUCUUCAGAGCCGGCUCUGCAAAGUCGAAUGCUUACGGUCGACCUGGCAGACAUGGCUGCCUUCACUCUCAUGGUUCGGAACAGCUUCAUUUUUCAGACAUGCCUCUCGCGGGCCAAGCUGAACAAACAAGAUGAUCGUUUCUACUUGGAGGUUACUCAAGAGAAUUGGCGUCGUGUGAGUGAACCUCACACCGACAUCAUCAUGUUGGCGACAUCCGUUCGAGAUCUUGCUCGGAGCCAAGCGAAGGACCAGAGGCAACGUCUCGGUGACGAUGGCUAUUGCAGUGUUUGA